AUGUCAGCAGCUUUGAUAAACCGUUCUUUAACAACAAUCAAAACUGAGUUGGAGUUUCUUCGAGAUUCUGAAGUGAUUACGGAGGAGUUAUACAAUGGUUUAGAGAGGAGUCUUCCAGCUAAAUAUCAGAAAGACAUGGCACCAUGGGGGAUAGAUAAACUAGGUUCUGCAGGAGUAAAAGUUUCGGAGGCUCCUGUUAAUCAUGAUGCUACUGAUAAGCUAAGCGAGGACUUGAAUAAAACAAGCUUGGCAAGCCAGCCCUCAUCAGCAUCGCCACCUAGAUUAUCCCCAGAAGUGUCAAGCUCGAAGGCUCCCGAGCCACUAGGAUAUUGUAAGGCUCUUUACGAUUACCAAGCUCAAGAGUCUGGUGAUUUGAACUUGCAUAAGGACGAGAAGGUGGCUAUCUUAGAGCAUUUGUCCGAAGAUUGGUGGAAGGGUUAUAAAAAAGGAGAAGGUCGGGACAGAGCUGGUGUUUUUCCUUCAAACUACGUGACGGUGGUAUCUCAACAAGAAUUCGAAUUUGACCGGCAGUCUCCAGCGUUGCCUAAAAAUGAAAAGGCAAGUUAUGAAUUAAAUCAACAACAGUUUACACAGCCUCCUCCACAAUAUUACGAUCAACAGGCUUUAGGUCCACAACAGUUGCAACCGCAGUCAUCUUACGGAGGAUAUGCCCAGUAUCCUCCUCCAUCGGCUAACUAUUCACCUAACCCAAUGCAAGCUCAACAAUCUGCAGAAGGUCAGCUGCCUCUGCCACAUCCUCAUUUGAGAAAAUUCGGUGGAAAGCUAGGAAAUGCUGCGAUAUUCGGAGCUGGCGCAACAAUCGGUAGCGAUAUCGUUAACUCAAUCUUUUAA